UCUCAUAUUUGAAUCAUAAUUUCGCAAAAUUAAAAAAAAAUAAUAAAAAUUUACAAAAUCUGAAAAAUGAUCAUUACUUGAAAUAACCUUUUUGAGAAGUAAAUUCCACAAAAAAAACUUAUUUUAGUUGUUCAAAACCGUUAGAAUAAACUUCAGAACUUUUUAAAUUUCAGCAUCUAGAAAGAUUUCGCUUUUACGGUGGUCAACGAAACCAACCAAUAGUUUACGAAUGAUGGUGUUUUUGAACCGUGGGGAUUACGUGUGGCUUGAUGACCCGUCAAGCACCAGUGAGAUCCACGUUCAAAUUGGGGCCCAGGUGUUGCAGGCCGAGAACGGAAUCGUGAAUCUUCGGGACGACGAUGGACGGGAGGUGAAGAUUUCGAUGACGAAACAAAACAAGCGCUAUUCGGCUCCGAGUCCCAUGCACGUUUCGUCCAUUCGUGGCUGCGAAGACAUGAUCGAACUCGGCGACUUAAACGAGGCGGGGAUAUUACGAAAUCUAAACGAAAGAUACAAACGGAACCUCAUCUAUACUUACACCGGUUCAAUUCUAGUCGCAGUGAAUCCUUAUCAACAUCUUACCAUAUAUGGAAGUUCUACAAUUAACCAGUAUAAGGAUAAGCGAAUUGGUACUUUGCCGCCUCAUAUUUUCGCAGUUGCCGAUAAUGCCUACCACAAAAUGAUAAGAAAUACCCAAAACCAGUGCAUAAUUAUAUCCGGAGAAUCUGGGUCGGGUAAAACUGAGUCCACAAAACUGAUUUUACAGUUUUUCGCCGCACUGAGCAAUCAACAUAGUUGGAUUGAACAGCAAGUUUUGGAAGCUAAUCCAAUUUUGGAAGCGUUCGGGAACGCCCGAACAAUGAAAAACGACAACUCGAGUCGUUUCGGGAAAUACAUAAACGUGCAUUUUGACUCAAAAGGGGCAAUUCGAGGCGCCAAAAUUGACGAAUACCUUCUGGAAAAAUCUCGACUUACUUUUCAAGCGAAAGCCGAGCGGAAUUUCCAUAUUUUCUACUGUCUAAUCGCUGGACUGUCUGAACAGCAAAAAGAGAUGCUUAAGGUUUCGAAGUCAGAGGAUUUUGUGUAUCUGAGAGAGGGAUGCAAUGUUAUUGACAAAUUUGGCUAUGAGAAGGACCGGAAGGACUUUGCGACCGUGAUGAACGGGAUGAGAGUGCUGGAGUUCUCGGAAAAAGAGGUGGAGGCGAUGAUCCAGUUACUCUGCGGCAUGCUACACUGUGGCAACAUCCAACUCGUUGCCAUCGACGGACCCCACGAAGAGUUCAGUCAAGUACAGGAGUCGACCUCGUUGGAAACAACAUCCGCUCUCCUCGAAGUAUCCAAGGAAACUCUGGUCAAAUCGAUCACGGAAAAAACCACAAAAACCGGUCACGAGGAUGUCCUGUCACUGCACAAACUGGAAAAAUCCUAUGACGUAAGAGAUGCACUCGUGAAAGGAAUCUAUUCACGACUGUUUGCGUGGAUAGUUCGGAAAAUAAACCGAGCGAUUAACAACGAGCCGGUUUCUAGAUUGUUCAAAAAUGUUGGAGUUCUCGACAUUUUCGGGUUCGAAAUAUUCGACAAAAACUCAUUCGAACAGUUUUGUAUCAAUUUCGCGAACGAGCAUUUGCAACAGUUUUUUGUCCGGCAUAUUUUUAAACUUGAACAGCAAGAAUACAAUAACGAGUCAAUUAAUUGGCGUCAUAUUGAAUUCACCGAUAAUCAAAAUUGCCUUGAGCUUCUUGGGCAAAAACCGAUGAACCUGUUUGCCCUUUUAGACGAAGAAAGCAAGUUUCCAAGGGGUACUAACCACACGUAUUUGGAGAAAAUCUCAUAUCGGCAUUCAAAUAACAUCUUGUUCAAAAAACCGAAAAACAACAACGACAUUCGCUUCACGCUGACUCAUUUCGCUGGUGACGUAACGUAUGAUUGUGACAGCUUUAUCGAAAAAAACCGAGAUACAUUUAGUUCCGAUUUGCUUACGAUGAUCAAAAACUCGAGGAACGAUCUGCUAAUUGAACUUUUCCGAGAUGAAGUUUUGGAGUCGAGAGGUCACGUGGUGCAUCAUCAUACGUUGGGAUCCCAGUUCCGGAAGUCGCUGGACUCUCUUAUGAAGACUCUUCAGCAAUGUCAGCCUUGGUUCGUGCGGUGCAUUAAGCCGAAUGACCACAAAGGCAAACAGAACUUCGACCGAAUUCUGGUCUGCCGACAGCUCCGCUAUUCAGGAAUGAUGGAAACAAUUCGAAUCCGGAAAGCGGGAUACCCAAUGCGACACCACUUCGACUACUUUUUCCAGAGAUACCGGAUGCUCCUGGCUACCACGCCCGACCGCAUUUCCUUCCGACGGAACCCAGACACGAAGGAAGCCGCUAGAAUCAUAUGCGAAAACUUCCUCGGAGCCAGCGCCGACUGGCAACUCGGCCGGACUAAAAUCUUCCUGAAAAACACGCACGACUCAUUUUUGGAAACUAAACGAGAUGAGCUUAUCAACCAAAACGUAGUCAAGCUUCAAAAUUGGUUUAGAAUGCAUACAAGCAAGAAAAAGUUCAAAUACACCAGAAGCAAAGCCAUCAAAAUACAGUCAUGGUACCGAAUGCGGAAAAGCCGAAAAGCAUACUUUAAAAUGCUGAAAGGAUUUAACAGACUUCAAGCGACCUUCAGGUCACGAGAACUAGUUAAAAUUUAUAACCAAAAGCGAGAAAUGAUUAUCGCUUUGCAGAGUCUAUGCCGGGCAAAAAUAGCCCGCGACAAGGUCAAAACAGAACGUGAGGCUUCGAAAGUUGUCACAAUUGAAGUUAAACAUGUAAAUUCUGAUUUAAGAAGCGACGUUUUGCUUGAAUUGGAAAGACACAAGGAGCAGUUCUGGAUCCAGAAAAAUCUAGAAGAAUCUAGACUGAGAAAAGAAUUGGGAAACGUUAAAGAAGCGCAAAAAGAAGCGCAGCGUUUGUAUAACAAUCGACUGAAAAGCUUCAAGCGAAAGAUGAUGGAAAAUCCCGAAAAAAUUUUAAGCCAGUCAAGGAAUAAAAAAGAUAAAAAUCAGUUGGAAGUUUCUGAUUUUGACGAAGUUGACAACUUAUCAGUAUCUGGAAGCGAACGUCGUGUUAUAGCUCCUCCGCAAGCGUUCCAGGACUUGGAAAACUUAGACGACAGCGGAUCGACUUUCGGAAGGAUCCAAGCGAUUACUCCGGAGUCCGACGAGAGAACUUCUUUGACGCGGAGUUACAAUGAGUACCAGUUUUCAAAGUUCGCUCUGACGUAUUUCCAGGGCAACAACACUUCCACUCACGUGACCAACAGUAUUAAGCAGCCGCUGACGUCAAUCAAGGACUCUAUUGACACCUGUGCUGCUAUUUCUAUUUUCAACAUCAUCCUGCGAUUCAUGGGGGAUGUCCCCUUUUCACCUACCACCGCGUUCAAUUCCACAAACACGUCUACCUCAGGGUACGGAAGUUUCCAGAGUCGCGGUAGUCACAACUCGGCAAUGUUUGCAAAUGCAUCGGCCGACUCGAACAAUGUAAUGAACAGAAUUCACGAUACUAUUCGAAAAAACAAACAGUUCCAGGAAAACUUCAAAGACUACCAGACAUCCAAGAAGAAUUCAGUCAGCCGAAAACUGGCGUCUCUCACUUUGAAGAAGAAAAGCGCCCUCUCUCAACACAUAACCCAGUCCAACUGGUCCGACCAAGACUCGUUCAACGCAGUUGAACAAACUCUAAUAACACCUCUAGACCAGGUACACUAUAUCGUCGGCUAUGGAAUCGUUCGGCGUACUUUACGAGAUGAAAUUUACUGCCAGAUUUGUAAACAGCUCAGUCAAAACGAAGACAAACAAAGUCGUGCACGAGGUUGGAUUUUGUUGUCCUUGUGUCUCGGAUGUUUUGAACCUACUGCCGUUUUCAGCAACUACCUGAAAUCUUUUCUCAACAACGCGCCGGCUAACUUUUCGAGUUACUGUCAUAGACGAUUGUCGCGAACUAUGGAAAAUGGUCCACGAUCUCAGCCUCCGAGUUAUUUAGAACUACAAGUUAGCAAAUACAUGAAGCACUUAACACUUCCUGUUAUUUUGAUGGAUCAUUCGAUCAAAAAACUCGGAGCCGACUCGGCCACGACUGCUAAGGAACUCGUAAACGAUAUUUGUGAUAAAAUCGGCCUGCAAGAUCGGUUCGGGUUUUCGAUUUUCAUUGCUUUGUACAAUAAAGUGAGCUCUUUGGGAAGCGGAAACGAGCAUAUUUUAGACGCAAUUUGUCAAUGUGAACAGUAUGCUAAGGAACUCAAAGCUUCGGAAAAAAAUGCACCUUAUAGAUUGUAUCUGAGAAAAGAGUGCUUUAAACCAUGGCAUGAUCCUAUGGAAGACAAAAUUUCGACUAAUUUGAUCUACCAGCAAGUUACGAGGGGAAUAAAAUAUGAAGAAUAUCGAUUCGAAGACGAAGACGAAUUAUGUCAAGUCGCGGCCGAAAGGUAUUUUAUCGAGCACAAAAAACGAGGACCAAACGACCAUAACCACUUAAACGAAAUGUUGAAAAAAUAUUUGCCCCAUUUUGGCGAAGGAAAUUACUCUCUUGACUUUUCGUACCACGAAAAAGUAGUGAAAGCAUUACAUGAAGUAUUUGCAAAUGAACGUUCAAUUGACCUAAUAAAAGCAGAAACGGUUGAAAUGGCUCGAAACAAAUGGCCUCUUCUGUUCUCGUUUUUCUACGAGGCGCUCAAAAUUUCGGGACCCAACUUGAGACGUAAUGACGUAAUAAUAGCUCUAAAUUGGACUGGAAUUUUCCUAACCGACGAACGAGAAGACGUUUUACUUGAAAUAACUUACCUUGAAGUUGUUUCUGUGAACGUGAUUAAACGUGCGAACAAAACACCGUCCAUUGAAAUUCAGCUUAUAACACGUGAAGAAUUUUUGUUUGAAAGUUCAAAUGCUGAAGAAAUUCAUGAAAUUGUUCAGCAUUUCCUCGAAGGUCUGAAAAAGAAGUCUAAAUAUUUGGUCACAAUUUCAGCGAGCAGAGAAGGAUUGAAUCAACAAGACUUCUUGAGGUUCCAAAAAGGCGAGCUUCUGGAAUUGAGUUCGGGAUUAACAGGUUCGGAUAUUUCCGACAAGUCUAUUUUCACAGCCCGGAAUGUGGAUUCGGGCGAAAUCGGAGUUGUGAGUCAUGACCAAAUUUACGUUUUACCCAGUAUCAACCGUCCUUUGCCCGCAAUUCUUCAAAGAUUCGAUUACAAUCCAAAUGAAAGGUCACAUUUUUCACGAAUCAGUCGACCUCUAAACAUAUCAGGGGAAGAGGUUCAAAUCCCGCACACGCUGGAAGUUUUCGCACAGGAUAAUUUCCGUCAGAGUGAAAAAAGACGAAGUGUUACACUUAGAAGGUACAGGAAUGUUCUUUGGGCGUUUAACAAGGAGCCGAUCAAACAACCUUUGCUGAAAAAGAUUCUUCAAAGUGAUUACAUGGCUGAAAGUGCUUGCAAUAUGUUCACAAAUAUUCUCAAGUACAUGGGUGACUUCCCGUGCAAGAAGGUGAGGUCGGUGACGGAGUUGACAGAUGGGAUGUUCCUGCCUGCUAUCCAGUGUGAGCCCCUCAGAGACGAAUUCUAUUGUCAGGUCAUGAAGCAGUUAACUGAAAAUCCGAUGCAGUACUCUGUGACUAAGGGGUGGGAGUUGCUGUGGCUCGCCACUGGAGUGUUUCCCCCCUACUCGCAGAACGUGAUCAAAGAGUUGAACCAGUUUCUCAAGACCAAGAACCCCCAGUAUGCCCCCUUCCACAAACAGUGCACCGAAAGACUCAGUAAGAUUCUGCGGCUGCCUGUUCGCAAGUAUCCCCCUCACGAGAACGAAGUGGAAGCCAUACAGGUCCAGAAGUUGGGCAUAUUCUACAAGGUCAACUUCCCCGACGACUCCGACCUGCCGUUCGAGGUGGACAGCUUCACCCGGUCACGUGACCUGACUCAACAGAUAGUGGAGAGACUGAAGAUCAGAAAUGCCAAUGGGUUCUCACUGUUCGUACGCAUCGACGACAAGGUGAUAAGUGUGGAAGAGACGGAUUACUUCUUCGACUUCAUCCGAUACAUUACAGACUGGAUCAAACGGGAAAAGAGCUCACCCGAAAGAUACUAUCUGGACUCCUUCACCUACCAGCUGUUCUUCAUGAAGAAGACGUGGACAGACACUAUUCCGGGCAGGGACAGAGUGGCCGACAACAUGUUCCACUACUUCCAGGAAGUGCCAAAACUCAACCGACACUACCACGACGUCUCACUCGAUCAAGCCGCACACCUGGCUGCUUUGCAGUACAAGGUCAACUUCGGCGAUAGUCGACUAGAGAUCGGGAAGAAAAUCAACCAACACCUCCGAAGCUUCGUCCCUGAAAAACUCAUCGACUGUCAAAAUUCGAACGAGUGGAAAACCCAAAUUAUGGAAAAACUCAAAGCUCUGGAUGACGUAAGAACAGCUGAAGAUGCGAAGCUGAAGUUUCUCCAGUUCAUCUACAGAUUGCCGACCUUCGGAAGCGCCUUUUUUGAGGUCAAGGUCAAACAAGAGUUCGACUCUCUGUAUCCAGAACAACUUUUGGUGGUGAUCAACAAAAAUGGAGUGAGUCUUCAUAAUAAAGACACGAAAAAAAACUUGAUCACUUUUGCUUUGACUCAAAUUUCAAAUUGGAGAUCUGGAAAAGAUUAUUUCCACUUAACAGUCGGAGGAAAUUUGUUACGAACGGGGAAGCAAAUGCUGUUCGAAACUUCGUUAGGCUACAAAAUGGAUGACCUUUUGACCUCGUAUGUGAAGGAACACCAGAAGAUGAAGCGUGAACGAAUGAUGAACUCUCAGAGAGGUCAAAGAAGAGGUCAAAUGAAUUACUCCAGUGCGACUUCGACUAGUUCGUCUGUUUUCAGUGCAAUGAACUUUAAGCCGUCUAAUUCAUCGAGUUCUUCGCAGAACCCAAUGGCCAAUGUACUGUAAAACUAAACUAUUUUAUCCAAAAAAAUAAUCAUAAUCAUAAUAAUAACGACAAUCAUAAUAAUAAUUAUUAUUAUGAUUACUAUUAUUAUAACAUCGAUUGCUGUAAGUCAAUGUUUGUUAACAAGCUGUUUGUCAAUGUUUGUUAACAAGCCCCAUAAGCAUGCCUUAAGAAAAUGGCCGCAGUAAAAAAAUUCAAAGCAAUUUUGGAUCGCAAGCAAUCACUUGCUCCUGAAAACCUUGACAUUGCUAUUGUUUUCAAUCCUUCUUGCGGUUUAUUUUUAUUGUAUUUUAAGGACCAGCAAGAUCUCUCCAAAUCCGUUAUGAUCGAUUAUUUAACCUUAACGCUGGUAACUGUUUACAAUUUCUUUCAAAAUUUCUCAUGAAGUGGUUAUAGAGUAUAAUAUACAGAUCAACUAAUUGUGUAAUCAAUGAUGUUUUCUAUUCGACUUAAAUUAUCAGAAUAAUCGCAUCUAGUGCAGUUCAGAUUACAUUAAUGGCAGUUUUAAAUUUUUCAUCAGUAAUUUCAAAUCAUUUUCUGGUGCCACAAGCAUAUCUUGCACGAAAAAGGAUUAAUUUAUUAUUAUUUGAGAAUCAUGAUAGGUGCCUUGAUUUAAUUAUCAUCCAAUUUCAA